AUUGUUUGUUAUAUCAGAACCCGUAACUUGUUAUGGAUUGAAUGUUGGCAAUUGCAACAAGAACAACAAAAAUGUUCAAUUUUUCCACACUUGUUCAUAAUCCACAACCCCACACACUUUUCUUCUCUCCAUUCCCUUCUUCCACACCUCGCAAGUUUCAAUCUUUUCAAUCUCUCACAAACCGCAACCUCCACAAAAUUCUCUCUUCAUCACACCAACAUGACAACAACUAUGAAGAACACAUCAUCGGAGACUGUCUUGUCUUCGAGGAAGGCAUUUUCGAAGACCCCAUUUUUCCAGCAUCCGACAUCAACCUCGUAGACACCAAAAAACCAAAACCCAUUUCAAAGAAGAAAAAAAAGACAGUGAUAAAGUCCGAGAAUCUUGUUCCUGAUAAAUGGAAAGAAGUUCAAGCAGAGAUAAACAUAACGAAGAAAGAACGGCGUAAGAUAGCACAAGAGAUUGAGUUUAAUAGUAAAGUUAUGAAGAAGAAAAGAGGGUUGAUUCCUUUGAGGGAUAUGGAUUUGAAUGAGUAUAAGGCUUAUAAAGAAGCUAAAUUGGCUCAGAUGAAGCCUUUAGUUCUUGAUAAGGUUUUUGCUGAGAAAGAGGAUGAUGAAGAAGAAGGUGGGUUGAGUGAUGGGUCUGGUGAUGAGAGGGUAGUGCCUAGGAAUCCUAGAUGGGCUGUUUAUGGGCGAGGUUUCGAGGAUGUUAAUGAGUUUUUGAAUAGUGAGAGUUAUGACCCUGCUGCUGCUAUGAAAACUGGAGGUCGUCCUAGGUUGUUUACCAGGGAAGAGAGGGCUUUGUUGAGUAGGAAAAAGCCGGACUUGUCAGUUGCUACUUCAGAUAAAUGGCUUCCUUUGCACACUUUUGCUGCAAGCGGAGAAUCUUUCCUUUUAGAAUCUUUGUUGCAUCAUGAUGUUGAUAUUAAUGUUAUGGAUAAGGAUGGUUUGACCGCUCUUUGCAAAGCGGUAAUUGGAAGAAAGCAUGCCAUAACCAAUUGUCUCUUGAGAAACUCAGCGAAUCCGUUUGUGCAAGAUAAUGAUGGGGCCACCUUGAUACACUAUGCUGUACAAACAGCGUCUGUCCGAACAAUUAAAGUACUCUUGUUGUACAAUGUGGAUAUAAAUCUUCAGGACAAUGAUGGCUGGACACCAUUACAUCUUGCUGUUCAGACUCAGAGAACUGAUAUAGUGAAGCUUCUGCUGAUUAAAGGUGCUGAUCAGACAUUAAAAAACAAGGAUGGUUUAACUCCACUCGACCUUUGCCUUUACUCUGGUCAAAAUGUCAGAACAUAUGAGUUAAUCAAGUUGUUGAAACAGCCUUAUAGACGCUCCCGACAGAUGGGGAUAAGAAAAAAAUAAAACUUUUGAAGAUUUGGAGUUUUGGACUAACAAGUAAGUGAAGAAUAGCCAUUGCUGAGUUUUUCAUGGCAGGUAGCAAGCAGCUCUUCAGCAUUUGGAAACUUAAGCUUUAGGACAAGGAUGCUAUUGUAUUAAAAAAAUAUAUUCAAAAUAUGAUAGGGAAGUAGAACUUAUUCAUAAAAAAAGAAGGAAAAUGACUUGCCAUUUUUUUUAAAAUAAAAAUGCGAUUUCUAAUUUGGAUGCUUAUCAGAAAAACGUGAAUUUCGUGUUGUUUGAAAAUAAAUAUGUGAAUUUUUUGAA